GGUACAUCGCUGGUUAGUUUCAUAAGGGUUCCGGAAGCGACACUGACUGAGGACGGUGCGGUUGUCAUUCACGAGCUUUACAAUGACCAGAUCGGCAUAGCGCAAUUUCAGAAGAAAUGCGCGUCCGUGAUGCUACGAUUCACAUGUUCGGCUGCACGUCGGGAACUCGCACUCUGUUCAUGGAAGAGGAAGACUCUGUUUACUAAACUCGAGACCCGCUGCAAACCAUGUUGGUGGCAUCAGCGCGCGCGCCCCCAUGCCAGCUGCGCAGCUUCUCCAGAGCGCGCAUGGCAUCACCUGCGCAGACCGUCUGCGCCACUGGCUGGGCAGCAAUACAAACAUUAUAGUAAAGAAGCAGACAGGGACUCUAAGGACAGUGAGCAUCCUGGCAUCACAGUGGUGGGGAUCCCGGAUCCCAUCACGUGGAUCAGGAAUAAGUUCAUUUUGUUUUUAAUUGAACUGUAUUUUGGCUUGAAGUUCAGUGUGGAGUUUGACAGCGGUGUGAAACAGGCGGUGGUUCACGUGUCGGCUAUGCUGUCCAAAGGAAAGUUUGAGGAGUUGAGAAGUGUGAUGUCCAGAGAGGCUGUUGAAAGUGUCAGGAAGAGAUGUAGAACUCUGUCAGAGGCCCAAAAAAGACACCUUGCAAUUUCCCUUGAUGACAUGAUAUUUCUGCUGCCUGAGGAUGUUUCCAUAUUCUUUGACCAAAGAGGCAGAAAGUUUGUUUACAUCACGAUGAGGCUUUGGUACCUGUCCAGCGCAGACGUGCCCGAGGACCCCGAGGCAACCCGUAUCUUCAAGAUGGAUUUAACUGAAGAAGAUGGCCCUCAAAAGAAGAUCAUCACAGCUGUGUAUGAGUUUUAUCGCGAGUUGACUGCUGGAGCUGAUCCAGAGUGGACGGUGACCCGGAUAUGGCACUGGAAGCAACUGGAGUAAGAAAAAAAAAAGCAAGACAACAUCGACUUUACCAGACUAAAGCAAAGAUCUUAUUUACACCUUAACUUACUUAAUGAAACACUGAACUUACUUAAGCUGGACAAUGACACUACUUUCUUCUAGAGCUGCUGUACAUCCAAAACAAAGUUUGUUGCAUUAUUUUCCUGAUAUCACUGUAAAGAAACAAUGUGUAUUGUAAAAAGCGCUAUAUAAAUAAAGGUGACUCCUCAUGUUAACAUCCAUCUCGGUGGUCAGGCGAGACACAUCAAUGUUUACACCUGUUAGUAACGUGUCUCAGAUGAGUCCCUGAUGAACACUUCCGGUUGGAUUUCAAGGGGAGGGUCUGUUAACAGAG